AUGGUUGUUGUAGUCAAGACAGUCUUAUUUUUCCAACUAUGUGUUAUUUUUGCUCUCACUGCUGUUUCACUGGCUUCUCCAGAAGAUCCAGAAUGUGGGCUGAACUUCACUUCAUCUCCAUACAAACCAAGCGGCGAAUGCCUUGCAGCUGAUCAUGAUGAGACCAUCCAUAUAUGGGACAGUUUCCCCAGCACAAGAUGUUGCCAAAAUGCCCUCAACUUCUUCUCACACGCAUUGGCCAAACACGCAAUUACUCAGCCCCAAGGAAGCCUCUUCCUCCCGGGAGUUCAAUGGGCACACUGCGCGUCAGGACCCUUUAAGCCCCAGCCCUCCGUUUCCAUCAAUAAAUGUGGACUUGCUUCCCUCUAUCAAGGAAGCACCCAUUGUUCUAGCCUUUCUUUGACAAAUAUUACGCAGGAAUAUCAGAAUUUUAAGGAUGUCAGGGACAAGUGUACUUCAGGUUUUAGUUCCACGUUCGAUGAUGCUUGCAGGGAUUGUACCAGUGCAAUUAAAUCUGCAAGAGAUCAUUUCCUGGAUCAGUUUUAUGCCAAAGAUAAUGAAACUGAGAGAGCUACUUGUGUUGUGGCUGUUGUUAUAUCAGUUGCAACCACUAAACUAAAUGAUCCCUCUUCAAUGGAUGAUUUCUUCAGCUGCUUGCCAGCAUUAAAUACUUUUGAAAAGUCAAGUGAAGAUUACAUUAAAAUCAAGCAAUGCACAGGUUCUUUAGCGGAAGCAUUGCUAGCAAUAAUUUUAGCAACAUUUGGGAUGAUGAUGGUGAUCUUGCUUGUUAAGUAUGUAACAAGAAACGCUAGGGCUGGACGAAAGCUUCUUCGUUUGAAGCCAAAGGAGCUUGCUUCUAAUUGCCCAGGUCUAUAUAGUUUCUCAAAAGCUGAGAUUGAAAACGCGAUCAAUUUUGGGGAGGAGAAGAAAUUUCUGGGACGCGGUAGUGCAGGGAAAGUGUUCAAAGGGAUUCUUCCGAGUGGACAAGUAGUUGCUAUCAAGCAAAUUUAUAGAAGUAAUACGUCCGAUUCUUUCACCAGAGAACUAGAGAAUCUUUCCAGAGUCAGACAUCCUAAUCUUGUUUGCCUCUUUGGGUGUUGCAUUGAGGAUGGUGAGCAAUAUUUAGUCUAUGAGUAUUGCUCUGCUGGAAAUCUAGCUCAACAUCUUUUGAGGAAAGACAGGGUCCUAAGUUGGGAACAAAGGGUAAGAAUCUUAAGAGAUUGUGCACUUGCGUUGAGGUAUCUCCAUACCUACAUAGAUGGCUACAUUGUUCACAGAGAUAUUAAGCUUACAAAUAUCCUUUUAACAGAGGAAUUGGGAGCAAAGCUAUCAGAUUUUGGGCUGGCAAAGAUGUUGGGAAUGGAAGAGAGCAAAGUGUUUACAGAUGUAAGAGGGACAAUAGGUUAUAUGGAUCCUGAAUAUAUGAGUAAUGCAAAGUUGACCUGUGCAAGUGACGUUUAUAGCUUUGGCAUAGUAGCUUUACAAGUUCUUUCUGGCCAGAAGGUCAUUGAACUUGAUUUGGAUGCCAGAGACCAACUAACAAGAAAGGCGAAGGAUGUGAGCAUGCAUAAACGGCCCCUAAAAGACUUUGAGGACCCGCGGCUAAAAGGUGAAAUAAACAGUGAGGAUUUCGAGUCCAUACUUCAAAUAGCAGUGCUUUGUGUCGCCAAAUCAAGCAAAGGUCGUCCAACUAUCGAUGUUGUCUUCGAGGAGGUGGACAAAGUCUUGAAAAACACAUUGUCCAACAAGAAAGCCGCGGAUCAAAGUGCAUUAGCUGCAGUGAGGAAAUCCCAUUCAGUUGGUGUCCUCCCUGUCUGA